AUGACCACCACCACAACACCACCACCACCCCCGCGCCCCACCCCACCAACGCACUUCCUCUGCAUCCCCCUGACCGUCUCCCCCCGCGCCCGCGCCCAGCUCGCCACAUCGCUGUCGGCCUUCCGCUCAGACGUGUGUGGCGCGGCGCUCGGGCUUGGGGGAGGGGACCUCCCGCCGGAUGCGGUCCGCCCGCUGGGGACGCUGCAUCUGACGUUGGGGGUUAUGAGUUUUCCGGUGGGGGCGGCGGCGGCGGCGGUGGAGGGUGGUGGUGGUGGUGGUGGUGAUGGGGAGAGGGGGUUGGGCAGGGCGAGGGAGGUGCUUGCUGGUGUGGGGUUGUCGUGGUAUCGUAGGGGGCUGGCAGCAGCGGUCCUCUACGCGCCUCCCGUCGACCAGUUCGGACUGCUCCAGGCCUUUUGCGAGAGAGUGCGGGACGUGUUCAAGGACGCAGAGCUAAUGGCCGACGAAGGACGGCCGCUGUUGUUGCAUGCUACCGUGGUGAACACGGUGUAUGUUAAGGGGAAGGGGAGAGAAGGUGGUGGGGGUAGGGGACGGGGGAGUAGAGGAGGCAGGGGGGGCAGGGGAGGGCGGAAGCGGGAGCGGUUGGUAUUCGAUGCUACAGAUAUCAUCUACCGUUAUGAGAAUCAGGUGUGGGCAGAGGAUAUACCGCUCGAAAGGGUCGCGAUAUCUUCCCCCUCGGCCAGCAGAGGAUACCGAGAACGAAGCCAACAACUCCCUUGCCGUCGCGAUAUGCCACGAACAGAUAUGACUUCUCCCGCCAAACGCCGCCCACCCGUAGGAGCCGGGCCCAAAGGCGGCAGCACGAACGGCCCUCGCUCUCCCCCACGACCGACUCGAACCUCCCCAAACAACACUCGCAACGCAAACACCGCCAACAUCACGACCAACCCGAGCAGUAGCAGCACCUUCAUCUCACCACCCCCACGAGCCGCCCUAAGCGGCACCUCCUCCCCAGCCCCCGACAACCCUCGCAACAACAACAACACCACCACCGCCACCGCCAAAGCCAGCCCCCAUCUCGCUCCGGCAACACUAGCAGCAGCCGCAGCAGCAGCGCGCAACCGCUCCCCCUCCCCCUCUCCACCCCAAAAACCCACAGCAACCGCAACCGCAAAUGCAACCGCCACCGCGGCCGCCAUCGCAACCUGCCAAUCGGCGCUCCGCGAGAAGGACGUGCGCAUCGCCUCGCUCGAGCGCGAGCUCGCCCUAAUGGAGUCCGAGUUCCACCGCGAGCUGGACAAGCUCAGCAGCGCCGAGAGCGAGACGGCCGCCUUCUGGCAGGCCAAGUACGCCGCGCUGGAGAAGUCGGUAGCCGUCGUGCAGACGGCGGGUGGGCAGGGGGUGGGGUUGGGUCUGGGUUGGGUGCAGAAUCAGGUUCACAGCCAGGGUCAGGUUUAUUGGGGGAUGGAUGGGAUCGUGGAGGGUGGCGUGGAUGUGGAUACGCAGGUGAGGGAGAUCAGGGGCGCGUGGCAGCGGGUCAGGGAUAUGCUCGAGAAGAGGGAGGAGGAGGUUGCCGAGUUGAAGGCGCAGGUCUGGGGGCAAAAGGAGUGGGUCAGCGAGAGCACGCGGGCGGAUGGGGAAGCGCAAACGAGCGACGAGGUUUUUGGGGAGGGUAUGGCGCGGUUGGGAAAUGGUUUGCAAAAUUGGGUGCUGGUAAAUUUUAGACGGGCCAAGCUUGACUUAUCAAGCGCCCAUGAGGAUACUAUAUCGGAAUUGGCCCGUCUGGUGCCCAUGUACGAAGAGCUAGCCUCGACAUCGAGAAUCCAUUUGCUUCAGUCGGUUGUCUCGCGGUAUCUUGUGGAGCUCGUGUUUGGCGCUUAUUUUAUUGGCCUUCCCACCGAUGUGGCUGCGCAGAUCAAGCAGGUCGAGGCUUUCCUCUCCUCUACAUCAUCACCCGAGUCGGUCAACCAGUGGCGCUCCCUCACCCUAACUACCAUCAAAAAGGACGCCAGCGAGAAGCUUGAGAAAGAAACCUUCAAGAUCGUUGAAACGGUCGUUUCCAAAGUCAACGAACUCCUUGACCCCUUAACAAAUACGAAAUCAACAGAGGCUCGAGAUCAAGGCCUACAAGCACUUGUCCACAGCGCUAUCGAGCUCUCGCGGCUACUCGCCGUCCAAAAGGCAGUCUUCAGGGUUGAAAUGCCCGAGAUCCUUCCCCACCAGUGCAUCAUGUUCAACGGCGAGACGAUGGAGGACAUUGGGGGCGAAGACGAGGACAGCCUGGCAGACAGAGAGAUCUGCUGUGUUAUCUUCCCGUGCAUUAUCAAACGGGGUGAUGAGAGCGGUGGGCAUUUGCAGUACCGGAACGUGAUAUCAAAGGCCAAGGUGCUCUGCAGUCCAGAGUAG